AUGAUACUGCCUCGUUCCUGCGUUGCUGCAAUUCUGGCUUGUCGGGCAGUAUUCGCUGCUCCUGCUGCUUCUGAUCCCGGCACCGCCAUUGAGAUUAGCAGCGCCAAUGAUGCGAACCUGGUACUGAGGACUCUUGAUGGGAGAGCUUCCAUUUGUGCAGUACUAGAUAGGACUGUUCGUACCAUUGGCACCAGCAGGGCCACUAUUGCCUAUAUCACACUGGGAAACUCCUUUGCACGUGGUGUCUGUCAGCUCACAGGAUACCCAAAUUGCGGCGAUCUUGCAUAUGUCAUCCAGGCUGGUUUCACUCUCCUCUAUAUUGCGGCUGCUCACUACUCGGGGUCAAUCCCUGAGACUCUACAUGUCCCUGGGAAGAGGGCGAUUGACGCCCAAGAGGCUUACCUUCUAUGGUGGCAACUUUCUCUUCUCAACAAUACUAUAUCUUAUGAUGCUAUCACUUCUAUCCCUUUUGACAUCACAGAGGAGAACCUUACGAAACGCGAAGGCGAUCCUAACCUGAUUGCUCGUGUUCAAUUCAGCGGGCUAGUCCACCCUGAAACGGGUAGCAAAGUGAAUGUGGUGGCCAACCACUUUGAGGAUGGGAUGACGGUUCUACACUUGCCCAUUGAUAAAGGUGGUAACCUUUCUAAGCGUGUCGAUGGAGCUGGGUUUAAGAUCUCUUUCACGACUCGCGAAAAGUCACUCCUAUCAACUGCCCACCAGUCUGAGAUGUCUUACUAUUAUGCUACACAAUGGGCCACGCUAGCCAUGCAGUAUACACUAGACGAUAUGAUAGGUUUUGCUGAGACAGAUAGAAGUGCCAACUUCUAUUAUCGUAUCAUCCCAGAGCUUAGAGGCUUUGGAACAAACUAUGAGUCAGUCGAUAUAUGUGGUGGCAUGGCGGGUUACCUGUAG